UUCAUGAGGAGCACCACCCCCAUGAAAUCCUAGAGCCCUUUUUUAGAUUUAAUACUAACAUUAUUAUUGCUUCUAGAGAAAGUCAAAAUAUAUUACGUAGUAUAACCAGACUCACAGCCAGCCAUGGAUUUCAACAAUCUUAAGUUCUUAAGUAGUAGUUGGGGUGGAGGAGGAGAACCUAGCAGCUUACCCAUGGAAGCUGCUGUGGCAGCUGAUCAUCAUCAUCAUAAGUUUCACUUUCAUGAUCAGAUCAGUACAACAGCAGUCAGCUGGGCUGCUAGGUUUCCCCUUCAGACUAACAACCAAAUCCCUACUUCUUGUUUAGCCGGCAGUAGUACUAAUGAAAUGGGCGAGAUGGGGACCCACCCUUUCCAAGAAUCCACCGAGGAAGACGGCGGCGCCGGCGGCGGAGCAGAAGAUGAAGAGGAGGAGUUGGGUGCUGUGAAGGAGAUGAUGUUCAAGAUUGCCGCUAUGCAGCCGGUCGAGAUCGACCCGGCCUCGAUCCGUAAGCCCAAGCGCCGCAACGUCCGGAUUAGCGACGACCCGCAGAGCGUCGCCGCCCGUCUCCGCCGCGAGAGGAUAAGCGAGAAGAUCAGGAUCCUCCAGCGCCUCGUCCCCGGCGGCACCAAGAUGGACACCGCUUCCAUGCUCGACGAAGCCAUCCGGUACGUCAAGUUCUUGAAACGCCAAAUCCGCCACCUCCAGCUCACCCACCACCAACCGCCGCCUCCCGCCGGUAAUUGGGCCGCCGCCACAACUUUCGGCGGAAACGUCGUGUCCGAUGAUCCGACGGGCCCCAUGUGUCUCAACAACGAGCUGAGGUAAUAACUGGCGACCGAUUAAGUUAAAUACGGAGUAAAUAAAUUUAAAGCUCGCUAGCGAGCGAGACAUUAUUGAUAACAUUAAUUAAUUAUUACUCCGUAUCAUUGUGUACUUAAUAAAUAUUAAUUAAUUACGGAACUAAUUGUUACUUGAGCAUAACAAAAAAUUUAUCAUUUGUGGGUAUUGAACAAUAUUUUCUUAUGUCACGUUCGUAGCUAUAGAUCAUGAGUGUGGAGAGUGCAU